UACCACAGUCGCAGUAUCAUUUUGCGCCUCGUGGAGUGUAGAUCGCUUUGAGUUCUUUGAAGAACAACCUGUGAAUUUCAAGGACCGGCGAAAUGCUGUUGAACCUGUUGUUGCUACUGUUCUGUACGGUUGAUUGUGGUUUCGUUAAUGGAGAACUUAUGCCCGAAACGGUGGAGUCGCUGCUGUCCCUCAACCCUCUGAUGCCCAACGAUGAACAAAGUGUGAAAGACUGCCCCUUCACGUACUACCCGUUCGCGAAGCAGACCUUGGCCAGUUCGAUCUUCAGCGAGCGCUAUCAGGACAAUACGUUCGCCCAUGUCGUCAAGCUUGACACUGCGAUCGCAGAAGGCGACGAUGGCGGUGAAGCAUGCCUUGGAGCGAUCGUAGAUCCCGGCUACAUUCUGACCACGAAACGGUGUGCAUCGCAGCAACCGCAGACGAUCAGCUUCCACAACGCCAGCCUACCGCGACGGGGCGUCCAAUCGACGCGGUAUCAUCUGACCGCGGAUGUGGCUUUGCUGCAGCUGAAAACUAGAUUAAGCAUCGACAACCAGGUGACGCCGGCCUGCUUUUGGAGUGGUGACGCGUCAACCGUGGCCGGGUUUCCCAAUCUGCAGCGCAUCAGCCGUGAUACGCUGACGGGAGGCUUGCGGGUUCAACGUACCAAGUGUCCACUAGCGGGACGGGAGCGGUGUUACGGUGACGUCAAGCGGAAUUCCACCGCCGGGCUGGUGCAGAUUCAGGCCGUGUCGAACUAUCGGCAGCACCCGUUUGUGGUGGCGCUGGGUCACGGUGGAGAUGGAGUGAUGCUGGAGGUGGCGUCGAUCGCGCACUGGAUUCAGGAGGAAACGGGAACUUCAGUUGAUGGGAUUGAUUGCGCCCUCCGGUACGCCCAGUACCGACAGUACGACGAUCGCGUAACCGCCCAUCGUGCCGAGAGCUACCAGUCGAUCCAGCUCCAGAAUGCCCACUUCGCCCCAACCAUGGCCAACGGCUACCGCGUAUCGAUCGGCUUUUACACCGAAGAUCCGACCCGCGAGUCCGUCAUCACGUACGCGUGCUACGGCACGCUGCUGCACCGGCAGUACGUCCUGACGGCGGCCAGCUGUCUCGAGGAGUACAGGAACCACUCGAUCAUUGUUCGAGCGAAUGAGGUCACCAAGUUGACACCCGCCAAAGUUGGGGAAUUUCGCGUCGUCGAGGACAGCCACUAUCUGGACGAAGCCUACGUAGCGCGAGUUCAUCUCCACCCGGAGUUCAGCGAGGUUCCGCUAAGGAACGAUUUGGCUCUGCUGCAGUUGGACAUCAACGAAUUCAGCUUCGAAAAGAGUUUCAAGCCGGCUUGCCUGUGGCCGCGGGAUUCGUUCAAGCUGCAAGAGUUUCAGACGAGUGGUCAUGGUCCGCGAAGAUCUACCGAGGUUCGCGCGGAUGAAUCGCUGCUGAGUGAUAGAAGGUUGACUGAACUUUACGUGAUAUCGAAACCUUUGACAGAUGGUUGUCCGUUGAACUUAACGGCGAACCAGAUUUGUGUAGGGGAUUCCGUGACAAUCGUGCCGAGAACAUGCGAGCUGAACAGAGGAUCGGCGAUGUCUCGGGAGAUUUGGGUGUUGAACAGCAAUAUCUUUGAUUACGUCUUUGCGAUCGCAAGUAAGGGUGAGAACUGCGGCUUCAAUACACCGGCGACGUUCACCAAAAUUGCACCGUACAUAAACUGGAUCGAUAGCGUCAUGUUUAAAGGGCAGGUGACGUACAAUGACUCCACCGUGUACUACGGAGACGAAUGCUCUUCCAAAUCCGGCCAAAGUGGAGUUUGCUUAACCCUGCAGGAAUGCCCGGGAAUGGUUGAUCGCGCUCGGCACAACAAGAUGGAUCUUCUGCAAGCUUCAUGUGGAUUCGAGAAAGACGUUUCACUCGUUUGCUGCUCAACGGAGGAUGCCGUUGGAGCGGACUCCGGUGAUGAUCUGCGGGACGUAGUGGAAGAAAUUGUAAACUGUCCCAACUUGUACGACGACUUGAGAGCGAAUCGAUCGCCGUACAAACUUCGCGGAGGUAGUCCGACAGCGGCGGGAGUAGUUGUUUCAAACUCUUCAAAUCACAACUGUUACGCUACACUGAUUUCGAAAAGAUUUCUGAUCACUUCUGCUAGUUGCUUCGAAAGAUUCCCAUCGACUUCGGCAACACUGUUCCGAAUUGGUCGCAAAGAGGUUCAACAAUCACCCAUUGUGGAUGCCUUCCCACAUCCAAAGUAUGACGCCCUCCACGACAGUGGCAACAUUGCCGUACUCAAACUCGCCACCCCAGUCUCCAUCAACCGGGAGGUGAUCCCGGCCUGUCUGUGGCACAACGAGUCUCAUGUACCGUUCCUGCUGGAGAUCGCCGGACGGAACUCCACCAACGUCACGGUGGACAUCUCGACGUAUCCGCUGUACCGGAAGGCGUGCGAUGCCGAGCUAGUCGCAAGAAUGUCCCACCUCGAGUUGUGCGUUAUGUACGACGGGUCUUCGCGGAGUUCGAGCAGGAUGAUCUGCGAAGAUCAAGGGAUUGGGAUCUACAACUACUUUGCGAGAGGAUUGUACGAGCUGCAGGUGUCGUACUUGGUGGGUGUAUUCAACCGGGGAACCGGCUGUGAGCUGGACGGCAUCGGCGUAUUUACCAGGAUCAGUAGCUACUUUCAGUGGAUUAAGACUGUUGUGUACAGAAAUCUUUGAAUAAAUUUUCAUACUUGAA